UUACAUAACGAAUUACAACGACCAGACAGUUGCUGGACAAUAUUCCGCUCAAUGUAUUAUGUAGCGUUAAUUAGCUUACAAAAGCCAAUAAACUGAAUUUAACUUGAUUUAAACAAACAGAUUACCAGGCGGAGAUGUUAACGAGAAGUAACAAUAUAUGCAUUUUACGAAGUGACAAUCUUUACUCUCCUUAAACGGGAGGAAACUUUCUGGGUUACCAUCUCCUUCGUUUCCUAAAUAUUUCCAUAGUCCCUCCUCUUCGUCUCCUAGCUCCGUCUCCUCCACAGACGACUUGUUUCUCGGACCAUGGCGUGGCUCCCUGAUCAUUUCACUGUAUACGUGGCGUUUAAUUUUAUAAUUCUAGCAUCAUUUAAUGUUGCCUCAACAGCUCCGGGUGGCAGCAGCGCUCAUGUUUUGUCACUUUUGCAGCCGUACGAUUUUCUGUAUUACAGCGGGGUACGUGCUUACUUUGGUCAGGAGUGGGCGAAAGCUGCGGAGCAACUGGAGAAAUCCAUCGUGACCAAGGAAUCACUGCUCAGGGUCCGCAGACAAUGUCAUGCUGACUGUGUGGCAGCAGGGAGAGAAGCACUUUACAAACUGGACUCUGAGGAGGGGAGUCUGUGGGACCUCUGGGCCUUGGAUUGGGUACAGCAGAAGGCCGAGUGUAUGAGGUUCUGCAUCGGACGCCACGUCACCCCUGCAGGGCAGCUCGCUGUUUCCUCAGACAUAGAAUAUGAAUUCGGCACUCGCAACCCCUACAACUUUCUGCAGGUCACAUACUACAAGCUUGAAAAGUUGCAGAGGGCGGCGUCAGCAGCUCAUACCUACUUUGUGGCCAACCCCAGUCACCUGGAGAUGAGGAACAACAUUGAGAAGUACAGGAGGAUGGAGGGAGUGACUGAGGAGGCCUUCCAUGACAGAGAGAUUGAGAAUGAGAAGCACUGGGUCCUGUAUGAUGCUGCAGUUCAGUAUGAGGCCUCCUCUGACUGGGUGCAAGCAGCAGAGAAAUGGAAAACGUGUGUGAACGAAACACUGCGGCAGACGGAGGAGUGCAGGGUGCAGUGUGAGAUGACCCCCCAGCGGCUGCCUGAGGACAGGGGUGUGGAUAGUGUUGAUGGUGUGUUUGAGAAGGCUGCAGCUCUUUCUCUCUCCCUGCUCUCGUGCCGACAGUCCUGUGUUUCUCAGGUAGCCACCCGACCUGGAAGGAUUUCUGCUCAGGAGGACUACCUGCCCACACAGCUGGAGCAUCUUCAUAUUGCACAGUUUAAAGCUGGAGAUAUCAGUGGAGCAGUGCAGACACUGCGCAGUCUUCUUCUGUUUUACCCCUCUGACAAAGACUCUCUAGACAACCUGCAGCUCUACUACGAUACACUAGGAGGAGACACAGAGUCACAAGGCACACAGCCUGCUCAGGAGAUUGUCAGAUACAUCAGUCGCUCUUUACAGGAGAAGAAGUUGUUGUAUUUUGGUAGGGAGAACUUUGACUUCAGUUUCACUGACCCAGAUCUGUGGACUCCAGAAGAUGUUGUACCUGAAUCGCUGAGGGAGACUUGGAGAGCUGAAAAGGAGAAAAUGAAUGAGAAGAUAAAGGAGGGAGAGCAGCAGGAAGAAGUGGAUGACAGUGGCUUCUUUGCAGGUGGUCCAGUCCCUCGGAAAGGUGUGACCAUCACCAUGGAUGAUGAGAUUUUGAACGGGACCAAUCGCGUUGUGUUGGAUGGAGUCAUGACAGAGAAGGAGUGUGACAGAAUACUGCAGUUAGCAACAGCUGCGGCAUCAGCUGGAGAUGGUUACCGGGGGCGACGGUCUCCGCACACACCUCAUGAGACAUUUGAAGGCCUGACUGUGCUCAGGGCUGUAAAGUUGGCUCAGGAUGGCAUGGUCAACCAAUCAGACGCCAGGCUGUUACAUGAGCUGGGUGAGCGAGUGAGAGUCCUGCUGCACUCCUACUUCAGGAGCCCCUCAGGGCUCUUCAUCUCCUUCACACACCUGGUCUGCCGCAAUGCUAUCGCAGGUGACCAGGAAGGCAGGUUGGACCUGUCUCAUCCUGUACAUGUUGACAACUGUCUCCUUGAGCCAGACACCAAGCAAUGUUGGAAAGAACCACCAGCAUUCAUACACAGAGACCUUAGUGCCAUUCUGUACCUGAACGAUAACUUUGAUGGUGGAGAGUUGAUUUUCACUAACAGGGAUGCCAAGACAGUAACGGCUCGAGUCAAACCAAGCUGUGGUCGACUGGUGGGCUUUUCCUCGGGUCCUGUAAAUCCCCACGGUGUCACUGCAGUAACCAGCGGUCGCCGGUGCUCGCUGGCACUGUGGUUUACAAAGCAGAAGCUCUACAGGGACAUGGAGCGAGAGGAGGCGGAGGCCCUGUGGGCUGCAGAUGGACAGAGUGUGGUGAAAAAGGACGAGGAAGAGGCGGGGGGCAGCGCCACCGCCGCCAGGAAUGCUCGGAGCCAGGCACCACAGGAGAAGAGCAGAGGGAGAGGCAGGGUGACGGGGGGCAAAGAUGAGCUGUGAGAGCCAGAGCAAACCUGACAGACUGAAACUGGAAUACAUUUCCAUUUGCAUCCAUUCUAGGGGAAAAUCCCCCUCACCCACCCUCACCAUCCCAUAACAGGACCAUUUUACCAUGAACACUUGAUUUUACAACAUGGUUUUUCAGUUUUACCCACACAUUCACUCUCUUCAUCUUGCUGCCUUUUUAUGUAAAGCUUGCAUGUGUGUAUAUACUGUAUUUAUACAGUAUAUGAUGAAGGUAAGUGAGGGACGUACUGUCCUGUCCUCUCUGUAAUGUCUGUCUGUACUUUUGUUUUAGCAGCUUUACUGACCAGUAUCAAUGAAGAGAAUAAAAGAAGAAGUGAAUGUGA